UUGGUCAAGAAAGAAAGUGCGAGAGCUCACGAAGGAGAUAAAGGACGGUUAUUGUAGAGAGAGAGAGAGAACGAAGGGGUUAGAGAGAGAAAGGAGGAGUUUAACUCUGCAACAAAGUCCCUGUUCUUUGAUUUCUUUGUUUUGAUUUGAACACUAGGUUUAUUGGCACAAACUUUCUCUAUUUCUUUGUUCAAUUCUUAUUUCGUUUAGAGAGAGAAACAGAGAGAAAGAUCCGUUGUGCCUUUCUAAUUUCUUUCGCGACAGAUCUGUUGAUCCUGUUUUUUAGACCUCGAAAUUGUGAUUGUGUGGUUUUUUAGAGAGAGAAAGACGGUGUUUUACUGUGUAACAAUAGAUCUCUGUUCGAGACCUAGAAAUUGUCAUUGUGGGCUUUUUAUAGAGAAGGGAGGACUGGGUUUUUUUAGAGAGGGAAAGACGGUGUUUUACUGUGCAACGGAUCUUUCUCCUGGUUUAAAGUUUUCAGGCCCUAGGGUUUUUUAGGGGGGGAGAGACGGAUUUCUUCCUGUCCUUUUCCUCUUUGACCUUUAAUCUUUUAUUCUGUCCCUUUUCUGUUAAGGAAAACCCUAGCUGUAGAGUUUGUUUUCGUGAAUCUCCCCUACUGUUUCGACCUCCAUAACCCUAAUUUCAUCAAUUCAUCCCUUCCUGAUCAUAUAUUCCCCUUGUAUUAUUUAAUUCCCCUUUUUCCCCUUUAUUUUCUUUGCAUUUUGUAUGGUGAUGGACCAGCCUCAUCAGAAGAUGAGAAGUUACAGGAACUGGAACCCUGGCACCUCUGGUGCUUUCAUGGCAUCCCAAGAAGAGGGCUCCUUCUCUUUGAAACCCAAUCGAACCAAUUGGAAGGCGAAGAAAGCUGAUAAAUACCGGCGAAAAGCGAGUGAAAUGGCGGCCAGUACAGCGCCAGGGAACUUGAACACUUACCAACCCCCUGCUCUUAAAGAUCUCCAAGCCCAGAACAGGCUCAAAUCUCGUCGAUUUUACCAUAAACGGAACAAAUACCACAACCGGGUUGCUCCUUAUGCCCCUAGAAACACAACCUCUUUCAUCAUUCGAGCAAAGAAAUCCGGUGGAAUCGCUUCAUUGGUUUCUCCGUGCCCUGUAACCCCCGCAAUUUUACCCACACCUGUCUUUUCCCCAUCUAGAGAGGGCGUAAUUGACAUGGCCAAAGAGGAAUUGGGGGUCAAUGGCUAUGGCUCCAUGAAAGGCCUGAUCAGGCUUAGGUCGCCAGGAUUUGAGCACCCAAAUAGCCCUGAUGAAUCAAGCGAGAGUGAGAGCAGCGAUGUAGAAGAACAUGUAGAGGUGGAGAGGAGGCUUGACCAUGAUUUGAGUCGAUUUGAGAUGAUUUACCCUUCUGGUUCACCUAGGCCUGAACAAUCAAACCUCUUAGAGAACAGGGUUGAUGACCAAGAUACCCAUAUUGCGCAGCUUGAAGAAGAGAAUUUGACAUUGAAGGAAAGGUUGUUUUUAAUGGAGCAAGAGCUUGGUGAUUUGAGGAGGAGGCUUCAGGUGUUGGAGACUGGUAAUAUGGGGGCUAGAAUGGGUGGUAAUGGCUCUGAUAAUGAAGCAGCUGGCGAUGUUUGCUCAGAGAAGAGUGUUGGGGAUGAAGGCGACGGGGAGGCCUCAUGUGCAUGCGGGUGAUGGGAUAGAUUGAGAAAGAGGUGAUGGGGUGGAGAGAGAGAGAGAGGUUAUGGGAUAGCAGUGGAUGGAGCCCUGUAAGUUUCUGUACAGAUGGUUAUGGAAUCUUUUAGCCUUUCUUGUGCGAAUUCGUGACUCUUUCUGGUUCCUGGGGGUCUCGUUUUCUCUCUCUGAAUUCUUCUUUCUCUGUUCUUGGUCUUCUUAAUCUUUUAAGCAGUUUUAGUUGGUUAAUUCUGGGGAUGUAAUGAAGUAAGAAUGUAGAGACUGUUAGGUCUAGUUUAUUUCUUUCUUGAUCUUUUUGUUAUCGUUGCUUUCUUGUUUCUUGACAUGUUUUUGAUGCUUCAAACUUCAUAGUAUUGAGCUUCAAAACUGGACAAUCUGCAAUCUUGUGUAGCUAAAGACUCAGACAAUUUGCAAUCAUGUUCAUCAACUAAUGAAUGGUGUUAUCAGUCAAUGCUUAUUCUGUAUUUUGUAGAGCUGAGCCCACUGCAUCUCCUUUUCUCUGUCUCUCAUAUUAUGCUUAUUAAUUUGCAGUUCUGUAUUUUGCAGAGCUGAGCCCACUUCCUUCUUCGUCUUCUCUCUCUCUCUCUCUCAUGUUAUGCUUAUUAGCCAUGAAUCUUGGUACUUCUUCCUCUUCUCUCUUGCCUUCCUAUAUGAUGCUUGUGUUAGCACAUUUUUUUUGUAAUUACAGUUUUAAGAUGCUUAGUUUAUAUGACUUUGAUGAUGUAAUUGGGGAGCUUUGCUUGGAAAGUUAUUCCUUCUGAUUCUUUGUUUUGCAUAUUAGUCAGUUUAAGAAGCUCAGCUUAUUGGUCUUGGCAGAUGAUAUUGGAGAAAUUAGUCCUUUUCUAUGUUGGGUUUUGGAGUUUAUAUUUGAUUGAAUUCAGUACCAUGGAUAGGAGUUCACCAUGUUUAUAAUUUUUUGUGAGUGGUGUUUGGGGUUCUCUCUUUUUGAAGGUUCAAAGCAUUGAGCUCCAUUACCAAAGCUUGCAGUUUGGCGAAGGAGACAUUUGCAGUGAAGUUGGAAGAUAAAUCAGGAUCCUUGGCCUGUUUGUUGAAGAGCAAUGGAUGAUGCAGAAUGCCGAGAAGAGGAGCAUUGGCCUCAUAUUACCGAUUGCUCUAGAGCAAUGUUAUUCGCGUCGGAGUCUUCUUCGGUUUGGUGAGAAAAACGAAGCAAUUCGGAGUUUCGGCCGAUUCGGGAGAAGACUUCGGAAUCUUACUUAUUUAUUUUAUGGUAUAUGAGGUGUGAACCUUCAUAGAAAUAUUUAAUAAUAAUUUAAAUAAAAAUGGAUAAAAAAUACCUUCGGACA